UCACAGUCAUAAUUGAAAAGAAUGUCACAUAUAUGACGAAAUAAAAAGCUGUAAAUCCAUCCGAAAAGAAAUAGAGAUGCAGAUGGCAAUACAUUGACGAUUGUGAUAAAUCAUUUCUUUGAAUAGUUUCUAUCGUACUUCCUAUCCAUGCUGUGACCUAAAACAGAAGUAAUGCAACAACAAUUAUAUCAUAAAGAAAACUUUUAUUGUCAGGAAAAAAAAUUGCUCUUUUUUAUCAUUCUUUCAAGCAAAAUCAAUAUCAUUUACUUAUUGCAGUUCGAUACAAGUGAAAAAAGAUCUAAUUAAUCUCAUAAAGACUAAUACGAUGUCUGGAAAUCUGAAAAAUAAAACUCAAGAGAAAACAGUGACAUUUCCAUAUGGCAAGUCGAAUUGCCAUGCGAAAAAUUCUUCUGCAUUGUUGUCUUGUCGAAAUCUUUUUGUCGGAUUUUGCGAUGAUACAAAGUUAUACGCGGAGCAACUCGUUAUGUAUUCAUUAACAAUGCGUACCAAUAUUACGAUAAACUAAUGUAUUAAUGUUAAUGGAAGAGUGGUACCAUAGAGCAGAGGAAUUGCAAAUCUCGAAUGUCGUCGAUUUUUACAACAGGUACCAUAGUUUCGAAUGAACUGAUACCAUAUAGAAUAGAAAUAGAAAUAAUGUAUAUGCUUACGAAAGAACUACUCCAACUGAAAACAACUAUUUGAGCUCAUGUUGCACCCAUAGUCACAUCUUGGAGAGACCAGCAAAAGCCUAAAACAGUUCGUGCCCAUGGACAUUUGACAUCGAGUGAUGACCAGUUAACUCAAUUUUCGAUUCACUUUUUUUAAAAGUAAUUCUCGAAAAAUUAAAUAAUGUAUAGUUUCGAUUCAUACCAAUGUUCAUAAAUAUAUGUAUUGAACUUUAGAUUAUCUUCAAAGUUUUCGCCGAGUUAUUGAAUUUUCAAGUGAACUUCAUUUUUCUGACAUGUCUUUAUCAAAGUCAAAGAGAUAUUUUUCGAAAAUUGAUCAUUUCGACGAAUUAAUAUCCUUUUCGACUGAAAUAUUCAGGAUAUUAUCAGAGUCAUCCAACUUGUAAACUGGUCAUAACUAGAUCCUAAAGAUCCAUGAGAACGAACUCUUUUAGGCUUUUGGUAGUCUCAUUGAGACCUUCUUCUGCGUCCAAUAUGAGCUCAGACGAUGGUUUUUUCACUUGAUGUAGUUCUCUUGUCAGCAUAGUGAAGAAUGUCAUAAAAAUAUUGCUCUAUAUUGACUUUGCAUUAAAAUCCUAGGUGUCAGACAUUCCCUGCAUCCAUAUACACUGUUUAUAGUCUGUAACUAUUAACAUAUAUCCAAAAUUCAUAAAUGUUUUUCAGAAAACAUCUAUUCGAACUAAAAUAUUCGUUUUAAUCGUAAAAAAAUACUAUUUGAUCACAAUCACACAAACUGUAACGCAUUGCACAAUCAUUGAUGAAUCAUACUAGUGGUACUGAUGACUUAUAACCAAACCGUAAGAAGAAUUAAUGUCCGAAAACCCGAAACAAUGAGCCAAACAUAGAUAUCUGGUUUAAUAGAACAACUCUGGAGGUAGAUAAAAGUCAAACAUAGCUUAAGAAUUGUCUCUGGUGUUCAAGUGACUAACACACGUAUCAAAAGUCAACGUUGAGUAAAUAUUUCUAUCAAAUGAAACAAUUCUUUGAAAUCAGAUUCACCGCAUGCUACAGACAUUUUGUUGUUUUGUUUGAUUAAUUGUUUAUUAAAUUUACCUGGUAAAACAAACCAUCAUUUCUAUUAAAAAGAUUCUGUAACUUCGUUAUUCACUUCAAAUUCGCGUGUGACACAAAAAACAAGGCAUGUUUACCUUUUUUUUCUUGGUGUAAAAUGCUAGCGUCACAUUGUGUAGGUGAUGUGACAUUCAAAGAAAAACAAGAGCGAAAAAAUAAAACAAGUUGCGUUUGAAGCCUACUUUUCCAGUUAAAAAGUUACCUUUAUAAUAAAGCCAUGUGGCAGGUUUUUCUUUAUAUUUAUCAAUGGCGACAAAUAUCAUGUAAAUGUUUAUUACUAUGUAAUACCAAAAUAUAAUACUUAAGAAUUUAUACUUUUUUUUUUAGAAUAAACAAUAAAAAUAAGGAAAUCGUUUCCUACUCAGAAGAUGGUAAGUCAAAUGAAAGCUUUUGAAACAUUGAUAUGUUAGAUUGAAAAAUGUUUAAAAGAAUUUCUUAGUCUCAAUAAACAGCAUUAAUGAUUCAUGAUUGAAGUCAUUUUACAUUUAUUCAUAUCAGAUAAGAAUAGAAAGAAAAAAACAAUGCUUGCUUAAUUAUUAAAGUAAACUUCAAUGAUUGAUAUUUUUCGCGGCUCGCCAAAACUACAGACACGCUUAAAUGCGCUUGCAAAUCAAUCAAAUUUUCUUCGUUUGGUUUUCUUCAAUAGAACUGGCGUCCAAUCAAAAUAUAGUGAGUGUACUAAUGUCACGAAUAUACUAGUUUUUAAUAGAAGUCUAUAUAAACUUUAGCAAAUAAGAUUAAUUCUAUUUGAUAAUUUAUUUUUACUUCUGUUAUUUUUUUCUUUGAUCUACAGAAAAUCCUCAUGUAUUGUCAAUACCUUCGUUGGGAAAUAUACAUAAUUUUGUUGCUGUGAAAAAUGAAAAAGACUUGGCGAAUAAAGUUGAUCAAUUAUGUUUUAAAUUGUUAGAUGAUUGUUAUAGUAUACAAAAUGGUGUAUCCAAUAACAAUGAACAACUUACUGAACCUCUAGCUGAUUCAUUACUCAGCAAUGAACCAAGCUCAGCAACAACAACAACAAAUGAUCAAGUUGAAAAUGAUAGUUUUGAUUAG